AAAUAGAGGAUCAUCCAUAUAGUCCAGAGACAGACGACAAUGGCUGAAACCUUCACGAUACGCUUGCCCUGCUUCUGCGGCCAAGGAACUCGCUAGCUAAUAUAUCACCCACGCAUAUGUAUAUAUACGCACAUAUAUCUAUUUUUAUAUAUCUGUACGUAUAUAAUCCGAAACCCUAGCAAGCGAAGUUCCGUACGGACGAUGGCCGGAGGUAACCAUGCCAAGGGCCCCUCCCACAAGCCAUCUACUGCUUCAACCGCAACCUCCGCCUCCCACCGCAAGUCCCGCUGGGACCCUCCUUCCAACACUAAUACUAAUACCAAUUCCAAUACCAAAUCAAAAGCGACCACCGCCACCACCACCAACACCAAGUCUCCCGCCACCGAUCCCAAAACCCCAAAACCUAAAAUCGACUCGUCUCCCAAGCCCGGUCCAACGCCAAGCCCGGCCCAACCUAAGCCCACAACGAAGGACCCGCCCUCUUCCCGUCCUGGCAACCCACAUACGGACCCUUCUCCUGGAUCUCAUCAAUUCCCGUUCCCCGACCCCGCCGCGCUUGGCCCACCUCCACCGCCGGCUUACGGCUUUCACAUGCUUGAACGACGCUCGAUCGCUCUUGCUGAUGGGAGUGUACGGUCCUACUUCGCUCUCCCUCCCGAUUAUCAAGACUUCCCGAUUGGGAGGUUCGGUCCACCGGGUCAUGGUUAUGAAAUGGGAGGGUUGGACCGGCGUUUUCCACAUGGUGGACCGACGAGUCCCGGUGGAGGAAGGUAUAAUCGGAACCAAGAUUACUGGAAUUCGCUUGGGCUUGAUGGGCGUGGACCCGGUGAAGGGUCACUGAAGAGGAAGUACUCGGAAGAGGAGGAGAAGGAGAAAGAGAAGGAUCUUAUGGAAGAUUUCGCGAAACGAAGGCAGCAUGAACAGCACUACUUGCCGUAUGGGAAUCCGAAUGGUUUUCCGGCGGGUCAUGGCCAUCGCGGUGGCGAGUUUUCGGCCGGGAACAAUGGCGAAGAUUCGAGAUCUAACAAAUAUAUGAGGGAUGUUGGGGGUCUUGAUAAUAAUGUAGGGUUCAGGCAAGGCUCUGGUAGUGGUGGCGGUGCUGGUGGUGGUGAUCAAGGGACGCAUAAGCAUCUUGAAGUUGACCAGAGUGAGCUUAAAAAAUCAUUUCUUCGCUUUACCAAGGUGAUUAACGAAAGUGCUAACCAGAGGAAGAACUACUUGGAGAAUGGAAAGCACAGCCGUCUUCAAUGUGUUGCUUGUGGCAGGUCUUCUAAAGAUUUUCCGGAUAUGCAUAGUCUCAUCAUGCACACUUACAACUUGGAUAAUGCUGACUUGCGUGUGGAUCAUUUAGGCUUGCACAAGGCUCUAUGUGUUUUAAUGGGGUGGAGCUACUCAAAACCUCCUGAUAACUCAAAAGCGUAUCAAUUUCUUUCUGCUGACGAAGCUGCAGCGAACCGGGAUGAUCUGGUUAUUUGGCCACCAAUGGUGAUAAUUCAUAAUACAUUAACAGGAAAGAACAAAGAAGGGCGGAUGGAAGGUUUGGGAAACAAAGUUAUGGAUAGCAAAAUUAGAGAGUUUGGAUGCACUGUCGGUAAGUCAAAAUCCUUGUAUGGUAGAGAAGGCCAUUUGGGUACAACACUCAUAAAGUUUUCCAGUGACCAAGCAGGCCUUAAGGAGGCCAACCGCUUGGCAGAGUAUUUUGAUCGGGAUAACCGGGGACGCAGAGCUUGGGCCCGUCUACAGCCUUUAACACUAGGAAGCAAGGAUGAUGAGAACAAUCCACACCUCAUGACAUUCGAUGAGAGAACACGAGAGAAAAAGAGGAUUUUCUAUGCCUAUCUUGGAACUGCCAGUGAUCUGGACAAAAUCGACUUUGAAACAAGAAAGAAGGUGGUGAUUGAAAGCCAGAGGGAAUACAGAGCAUCGAAUUAGACUUUGAACAAAAUUGACUUUGAAGGUAUUGUGGUAACUUUUUCACAUGGACUUUUAGUUUAAGCACAUUUGGUGCCGAUCUUUUUCUGGUUGAUGUGGGUGGGGGGGCUGUCUUGUUGGUAGGUGAUUGAAGCUUUUAUGUAAAUUUAAUAGCCAACAGGUGUGUCAUGAGGCCAAUAGAGCCCCCUUUAAAUGCCUGCUAAUUAUUGUUGGAAACUUAA